AUGGACUAUUUCAAAAAGGCCAUUUGGGGGCCUGAUCCCAAAGAACAACAACAGAAAAUCCGGCAACUGGUAAGGAAAAAUGGUCGGUCUUUGGAUAAGUCCCUAAGAGAGCUAUCUGCUCUGCAAGGCAAGACUCAAGGUUUAAUCAAACGCUCGGCGAAACAAAACGACACUAGAUCGGUACGAAUUUACGCCAAGGAGCUAUACCAGAUAAAUAAGCAGUAUCAAAGGAUGUACAUCUCGAAAGCACAGUUACAAUCCGUGGGAAUGAAGAUCGAAGAAGCCUUUCGAAUGCAGAGCUUACAGGAAAACAUGGCGUCGUCGGCAGUUCUGAUGCGCGAGGUAAACUCUUUGGUGAAGCUCCCGUAUUUGCAGCAUACCAUGAUGGAUCUAGAGAAGGAAUUGGUGAAAAGUGGGCUGAUCAGUGAAAUGAUCGACGACACAAUGGAAAUGACCGAGGACGAAGAAGCAGAGGAAGAGGCAGAACAAGAAGUCAACAAGAUCGUGGAGCAGUACACCUCAAACAAGCUGGGAAGUGUUGUCGAAGCGCCUACCUCUGAAUUGCCAUCCAAACCGGAACUCGAGGAAAUAGUGCCGGAGGACCAAAUCAACGACGAAGCUGACGUCAUGCUCAAGGAGAUGCGAGAGAGAUUGAAAGCUCUUCAAAAUUAA